CCGGCCUGGCUGCAGCGCGUGACGCGGGGGCGCGCAGCGGCUCGGAAGCUUGCGGGCAGCAGCGGGACAGCGGGCGAGCGGGUGGCAUGGCGGCUGCGGCGACGACCACUGAGCUCGAGGCGCCAGAGCCCAUGCCGAGCUAUGCGCAGAUGUUGCAGCGAAGCUGGGCCUCGGCGCUGGCGGCGGCACGGGGCUGCGGGGACUGCGGCUGGGGAUUGGCACGCCGCGGCCUGGCGGAGCACGCGCACCUGGCUGCGCCCGAGCUGCUGCUGGCCGCGCUGUGCGCUCUGGGCUGGACCGCGCUGCGCUCGGCGGCCACCGCGCGCCUCUUUCGGCCCCUGGCCAAGCGGUGUCGUCUGCAGCCCAGAGAUGCUGCCAGGUUACCUGAGAGCGCCUGGAAGCUUCUUUUCUACCUGGGCUGCUGGAGUUAUUGUGCCUACCUGCUCCUGGGUUCCCGUUACCCUUUCUUCCAUGACCCGCCCUCCGUCUUCUAUGACUGGAGGUCGGGCAUGGCGGUGCCCUGGGACAUAGCCACCGCCUACCUGCUGCAGGGCAGCUUCUACUGCCACUCCAUCUAUGCCACCGUGUACAUGGACACCUGGCGCAAGGACUCUGUAGUCAUGCUGGUACAUCACGUGGUCACCCUGCUCCUCAUCGCCUCUUCCUACGCCUUCCGGUACCACAAUGUAGGCCUCCUCGUGUUCUUCCUGCAUGAUGUUAGCGACGUGCAGCUGGAGUUCACCAAGCUCAACAUCUACUUCAAGGCCAGGGGCGGCGCCUACCACCGUUUGCACGGGCUGGUGGCCAACUUGGGGUGCCUCAGCUUCUGCUUCUGCUGGUUCUGGUUCCGCCUCUACUGGUUCCCGCUUAAGGUUCUGUAUGCCACCUGCCACAGCAGCCUGCGGUCGGUGCCCGACAUUCCGUACUAUUUCUUCUUCAACACGCUCCUGCUGCUCCUCACAGUCAUGAACAUCUACUGGUUCCUGUACAUCGUGGCUUUCGCUGCCAAGGUGCUAACUGGCCAGAUGCGUGAACUGGAGGACUUGAGGGAAUACGACACUUUGGAAGCUCAGACCACCAAGCCCUGCAAAGCUGAGAAGCCGCUGAGGAAUGGCCUGGUGAAGGACAAGCUCUUCUGAGUCCCUGUCCUCAACUCGGCCAUCCAGGACUCCUCCUAUCCUACCUGGGAGACUGGCCCCGCCCCUGGAGAC